AUGUCGUAUGCAGGCCUACGCACAAAGUUUGCGGUCCGGGACUAUUUCCGCAUGUACCGAACGCGGCGCAAGCAGGAAAUCACGCGACAGGUGCCGCCAUCCAAGCAAUCGAGGUUAACCGAGCGUGGAGGGGGUUCUUGUGAAGACCGCAGCGGGGGCCUGCAGAAGUACGACACGCUGCACGGAGUUCGCCGCAAUGCAGCAGCAGUGCCAGUUCCACUGCACGAGCAUGACGCGCGCAAUCCCAUGGGCCUCCUGCGUUACCUGCCAACCGUUGGCGCUAACCUACAGCCAGGUGUGCCUGUCCGUAGCCAGUGCGUUCAUGCAGCAGUGGUACUGGCUGCGGCGCCAGCCGUGGAGGCGAGGGACUCGCAGCUGCGCCGGGGCCCCCUGGCGCCUCUUGGUAACGCGCAGUGUAUCAACACAUCUGGUUGCGAGAUCGCCAACCCCGUGCCCAGCCAUGCUGUCCAGCAAGCCGUGGAGAUGCGCCGCUCCGGUGAAUGCGUCACGCAGCCCGCUGUGGGCCGUCAUACCCGGCACCCCGGCGUUGCUGAGGCCCUGACGCGGAAGGAAACACGCGUCCGUGAGCGCGUCGCCCCAGACGACGGGUAUCGCAAGCGCCCCAGGAAGGCAACAGUUGAUGUGAAUCACGCCAGCGUUGAAGGCAAGGCGCAGGUCUUGGCCGGUGUGGAGAAUAACCAGAUAUUACUCCAAGCAAACAAGGGUAAGAUGUCGCCGGUAUUGGACAGCCGUGCACCGCUGAAGCAGGCUCCCGCGUCCUCGUCUCGUGGCCGAAGGAUGGCUGGCGAGCACACCAAUUGGCAUGUUGGAUCGACGGCUGAGAUGGGAACCUUCGUGCCUGUGGAAGACCAGAGCAGCGGCGACAGUCGUCAUGCAACGGGAGCAGCUGACGAAUGUGCGGACGGCGAGCCGGUGGGUGGUGUCGGGCAGCAGGAGGCUUCACUCCGCCAAGAUUACGAGUCGGUGCUACACCCUGAUCAGGAAUUGGAGGACCCGGGUACCGGGCCCAUGUGGGUUCCAUUUAAUGCCCUGGCUCAACAAGGCUAUAGUAAUGCUGCGGCGUUGCGGACUGGCAACACUCUGUCAGGGUUGGUUGGCCCGCUUGCUGCGACUCAUUACCUUCCUGAGAAGCAGCGGUUGCCUUUCCCGUUCAUGCAGUUGCCGGCCCUGCAGCAGCCGGCCUACCUGCCUAGCGCACUUCUUGGCGGCAGCGCAGGCCUUCCGGCGCUGGCUAUGCCGUUGGCGACUGCCUUCCUGCCCUGGGGACUUGCGAGUGCGCCUGGCGAGUUUGUGAAUGCUUUCGUUGGUAACCUCGGCCAGGAUGCCUUUCGUUCGACUGGGGCAUACAGGAGGUACCUCACCGCAGCCGCUGCGCAUGCCGCGGGGGGUGCGUACUUGUAG